AUGUCCUCCAUCAUCGCCCGCUCGGCCUUCCGCGCCGCCCCGCGUGUCGUCCGCCCUACGCCCGCUUUCCGACGAUGGGCCAGCGCCGCCGCUGAGGGCGAGAGACAGGCCGGCAAGGAUGCCCUCAAGACAGGAGCAAAGCGCGACCCGGAGCUCUACGUGCUCUUUGCUAUCAUGAGCGGCGUUUUCGGUCUUGCAGGAUGGCACUUUUCCCGCUCUCCCACCAGCGCCUCGUCGGAACGAACCGUCGCCAAGGCCUCAGACAGUGAGCCCUGGAAGCAGGCUGGCGGAGCAGGCCCCUACCAGUACCACCCUGGAGGUGACACCAGCGUCAAGAAGGAUGCGCCUUCCGCUCUUAACGUCGUUGUCAUCCCCAAUGUCACUCUCCCCAAGGAGCUCCACGACACAUACAACAAGUGGGGCAAGGAUGGCUACUAA